AUGACCGCACCCCCAAUGGACCACAAUGGCAUGUCCGGAAUUUUGAUGGAGCCAAUGUCCCGACCUAAACCAGAACAUAGUGGCAUGGGAAUGAUGAUGAACACGGUUUUCGUAGCCGGCUUUGUCACCAAGCUCAUCUGGCGUGCUCGAUGUCCAAAUGGCACAACAGCGGGCUCACCACUCACCACACAAUCGACAACCCCAGCAACAACCCAACAACUCAAGCCAGCUCCUUCCGACCCACUUGACCCGCUGUCCCCUGGAGCGCCCAACGUGAUGUGCCCUGCGGUAUCCUGGCCGCUCUUCACGCGCAUCAAUUGGGCAACGCCUCUCCGCUCUGGAUCAACUCAACUGCAGGGCAUAGAUUCAGCUCACGAGUACCCUGACCAACCUUGCUUUAACGCAACAACCGCACCGGUUGCUCCGGCCCAGUCCACCAUCCAGGCCAGUCCAAAGGGAAUGCUCGACCGCGACAAUGUCGGGCCCAACGCCUCACCACCUGCCCAUUCACCCCGAGACACGGGGACUUGGGUCAGUGACAUAAUCCAUUCUUUCUCCGCACACACCUUCACCCCGACUCAGCUCAGCUUGUCGCCCCGGCCACAGCUCCACGCUUCACUCAUCAACAAUAUUCCCCCCCAGCUUCUCACUGAACCGUGCCACCCACAUUCCUGCUCGCCCUCAAAUGCCGCCCAGUAUUCUCCCCAGAGCCGCAAACCAAACGAUUAUCCCUACCUGCGAAGCGCUCAUCCUUCAAUCAUUCAAACAUGCCCCUCGGCAUCAUCAACACCCCUGGCAAGGUCGUCACCACCAUAG